AGCAAUCCGUUUGGAUGAUCGGAGCGAAGAAAGCUACACUGUUUUUAACGCACCGAACACCUCAUUUGCUCAUCGUACGUCUGCGACACUACUUCAAGAACAUGCUCUGUGCGGAUCUUCAUCCACCGGCGGCCGUUCGUGGCAUGAUUCGCUUGGACCGAGAGGCGUUCAGCAAAAAAGUCAAAACACCACAUCUAAUCGUUCCUAAAGACAUUAAUCUGAAUAAUGUUUGUCGAGUGAUAAAGAAGUUUCUGCUCAAAAUGGAACGAUACAAACCGGUGGUAUCCGAAGAGUAUAAAAUUACUCUACAUCCGCUAGCCGUUCAGCGAUGGGAAGAUUUGGCCGAGCUUCAACUGGACAAGCUCGGUAUCGAUAGCAAAGCUCUAGUUUGGCAGGAAAUUCAGCUAGGAUAUGAAAACUGGAAGUAUGAUGAAAUCUUCAAAGCUGUAUUACCGGAAGACAAGGAAGCCUUGUCGUCAUUCAGUAAAAUUGGACACAUUGUCCACUUAAAUUUGAAGGACCAUCUACUUGCGUAUCGAGAACUUAUCGGUGCAGUCCUGCUGGAUAAAAUACCGGGCUGCCGAACCGUGGUCAACAAAUCCGUCUCAAUCGACAACACGUAUCGUAAUUUUCAAAUGGAACUACUUUGUGGCGAACCGGACUAUCAAGUGGAUGUUAAAGAAAAUGGGUGUGCCUUCAAAUUUGAUUUCUCUAAGGUAUACUGGAACCCACGGCUUUCUACAGAGCAUGAAAAGGUGGUGAACAUGCUCAACAAAAACGAUAUUCUAUUCGACCUGUAUGCCGGUGUUGGUCCAUUCACCGUGCCUGCUGCAAGAAAAGGCUGUACGGUGUUAUCAAAUGACCUAAAUCCCGAUUCUUACAAAGCGUUGGUUGAAAAUUGUACCCUCAAUAGGGUGUCGAAAAAUGUCAAAUGUUACAACAAAGAUGCGAUUUACUUUAUACAACAAGAGAUGAAACACUCUUUACUGGAAACUUGUGCCAAUGAUAGUUUUAAAGGUCAGAUACAUAUAACCAUGAAUUUACCUGCGAUGGCUGUGGAGCACUUGCGAUACUUUCCUGGACUUCUGAAAGGAGAGAAAUUCGUCAAUCCGCAGCAAAAACCGCUCGUCCACGUGUACUGCUUCGCCAAAGGCGUUGACGAUAAAAAGCUGAUUGCGCAGAAACUCGUAGAACAAUGGCUCGGCACGGAUGUGGAUGAUAAGCUCAAAGAGAUCGCAUUUGUACGCAAUGUUGCUCCGAACAAGGACAUGAUGCGCGUCAGUUUCCAUCUCACCGAAGAUUUACUCUAUGGCCGUUCGGAUACAGUUAGAAAACGUCAUUUAGACACCGAGGAUAAACCUGCAGAAGAAAUCAAAAGACCAUCAAAUAAGAUGAAGGACCAGCGUAAGCAGUUGGCAAAGAAAGCGAAAGAUGUGUUUACGGUAUCACAAGCGAAGAAGACAAAUUUAAAGAAAACGAAGGAAGUCUCUGCUAAACUGAAAAAGAUAAAUGUGCAGGACAAGCGCGAGAAGGUGGAUCAAAAGUUCCAAAACCUACAUGCCCAAAUAGUUUCGAAAAAGACACCAAAGCCUGCUCCGAAACCGCUGCCUUCAAAAAAUAAAAUCAAACCAGACACGGAUAAAAUGGAGACGGACUUGAAUAAAUUGCAAGUUUAAUAAAUGCCUAGCAAAAUAUUUGCGU